AUGGAAGAACCCCCUGUGCGCGAAGAGGAGGAAGAGGAAGGGGAUGGGAACGACCUGGGGCCCGAGGGGGCUCUGGGCAAGAGUCCCUCCCAGCUGACCACCGAGGACGUCUACGAUAUCUCCUACGUGAUGGGCCGCGAGCUCAUGGCCCUGGGCAGCGACCCCCGCGUCACACAGCUGCAGUUUAAAAUCGUCCGCGUCCUGGAGAUGCUGGAAACACUGGUGAGCGAGGGCAGCCUGGAGGCGGAGGAGCUGCGGUUGGAGCGGGACAGUCUGCGGAAGGAGGUGCAGGCGCUGCGCAACCGGGGCCCGGUGGCCACUAGCGAGGUGAGCCUGGGGUCAAACAAGAUGGUGGUGGACCUGACAGAUCCCAAUCGGCCUCGCUUCACGCUGCAAGAACUGAGGGAUGUGCUUCAGGAACGCAAUAAACUCAAGGCGCAGCUGCUGGUAGCGCAGGAAGAGCUACAGUGCUACAAGAGUGGCCUGAUUCCACCAAGAGAGACUCCUGGAGGAAGAAGAGAAAAAGAUACCCUGGUUACCAGAACCAGUAAUGCCAGCAGUAAUAAGGAGGAGAAGACGAUUAUAAAGAAAUUAUUCUUCUUCCGCUCAGGGAAGCAGACAUAG